AUGUCAUUUAGUCCGGUUCAAACAAUAUCAGAUGAGGGUUUUAGCCACCUGGUACGUCUAACAAAACUUGACAUGAGAAAUAAUCCUCUGAAGAUAUUUCCUCGAGAAGUUUUAAAGACUGCAAGAUAUCUCCACACGGUCUAUUCUGAAAAUUAUAAGCUUUGCUGUCAACAGAACCUUCCAGAUCACUUUGAUGCUGGUUCCUGUUUCGCUCCUGUGGAUGAAAUUUCGUCGUGUGAUGAUCUGUUGAGAUCUGACGUGUACCGCGUGUUCCUGUGGCUCUUCUGUGUUUUGUCCAUUACCGGGAAUGCUGGGAGCUUUUUGUUUAGACAGUUUCUUCAAAAGAACUCUUCUGCUUUAGGUUUCAGUGUUUUUGUUACUAACUUGAAUGUAUCUGAUUUUGUCAUGGGCGUGUAUCUGGCCAUAUUAGGUGUAGCAGACGAGACCUACCGGUCAGUCUAUUUAUGGCACGACCUCCAAUGGAGAGACAGCACGACCUGCAAAGUGGCCGGCUUCCUGUCCUUCAUGUCCAGCGAGGUGUCGACUUUGAUCAUCUGUCUCAUCACCAUCGACCGUUUCAUCGUUCUGCGCUUUCCCCUCGUGGCGUGUGGACUGGCCUGGGCUGUGGGCUUUACACUGGCUGCUGUUCCUCUGUUGCCGUCUCUCUCUGACUGGGAGUUUUAUGGACAAAAUGCUAUCUGUAUCCCGCUCCCCAUAACAAGGAAACUGUUUAGAGGUCGUAGCUACUCUAUAGACAUUAUGAUCAUCUUAAACAUGGUGUUGUUUUUUAUUAUAGCGUUUGGCCAAAUCUGCGUUUACUGGUCAAUCCGAGUGAAUUCCAUGAAGGGAAACAUGGCUAGGAAAUCGAAUGAUGUUAUCAUAGCUCGCCGCCUUGCAACUGUCGUAGUGUCUGACUUCUUGUGCUGGUUUCCAGUCGGAAUGGCCAGUAUUUUGGCUGAUUUGGGAUUCCCCGUUCCUAGUGAAGCGAGUGUGGCUAUUGCCAUCUUUGUGUUGCCACUAAACUCAGCUAUAAAUCCUUUUUUGUACACCUUUACUUUGUUGCUCGAGAAGUUAAAUCGUGUUGAAGAGCAAAGGAUUUUAAGCCAAUUACAGCUAAGCCUCUCUUUUGAAAAAUAA